CACUCGACGAAGCCAUGAUGCAAGCCCUCGAACACGACAGGAUAGACUUCGUCAAACUGCUCCUGGAGAAUGGAGUCUCCAUGCGAAAGUUCCUAACCAUCCCUCGAUUGGAGGAGCUGUACAACACCAAGAGUGGUCCCAGCAACACCCUGCGGUAUAUCCUGAGGGACGUCAGGCCUCAUUUGCCCAGAGGAUACGUGUACACGCUGCACGAUAUUGGAUUGGUCAUCAAUAAGCUCAUGGGAGGUGCUUACAGGUGCUACUACACAAGGCGCAAGUUCCGUCCUAUCUACGCGAAGGUGAUGAACAAGAGCGUGAACGUUCACCGCAACAGCGCGUCGUUCACCCGCCACAACGCCGGCGGGUUGUCACUCAUCACCGGGUUCAUGCCCGUUACUACCGAGAUGGCGCUGUUUGACUACCCUUUCAAUGAGCUGUUGAUGUGGGCAGUAUUGACAAAGCGCCACCAGAUGGCGCUGCUCAUGUGGACGCAUGGUGAAGAGGCCCUGGCCAAGAGUUUAGUAGCCUGCAAGCUGUACAAGGCCAUGGCCCACGAGGCAGCCGAGGAUGACAUGGAGACCGAGGUCUAUGAGGAGCUCAGGCACUACGGGAAGGAGUUUGAGAAUAAAGCGCUGGAGCUGCUAGAUUACUGUUACCGGCAAGACGACGACCAGGCCCAGCAACUGUUGACCUGCGAACUCCAGAACUGGUCGGGACAGACCUGCCUCAGUCUAGCCGUAGCAGCAAACCACCGAGCUCUACUUGCACAUCCGUGUUCUCAAAUAAUCCUCGCCGAUCUUUGGAUGGGAGGACUUCGAACACGAAAAAAUACCAACUUGAAGGUAAUUCUGAGCCUGCUGUGUCCGCUCUACAUACUUCAACUGGAGUUCAAGUCGAAGGAGGAGUUGCAGCUGAUGCCGCAGACGGAGGAGGAACACUUAGAGAACGAGAGUAUGGAGGACGACCGAAGUACGAAGGACCCGAACGACGCCGAGGCGUUGAUUGGCUCAGGGGCCGAGUGCGAUACUCGCGUGGAUCAGAACGGGAAAGUGGGUAAAAUAGGAUGGGAGCCCUCGUACCGGGAGCUCCCGGAGCACCACACGCCGGAGGACAAGCGGAUGAGGCCCCUCCGACUGAGGAAGAAAAUCUAUGAGUUCUUUACGGCGCCGAUCACCAAGUUUUGGGCUGAUUCGAUUGCCUAUAUAUUGUUCCUAUUGAUGUUUACGUAUACAGUAUUAGUCAAGAUGGACCCAACGCCGUCUUGGCCGGAGAUAUAUUCUAUUUGUUAUAUAUUAACUUUCUUAUGUGAGAAGAUAAGGGAAAUCAUUACGUCCGAACCUGUUGCUAUUAGACAUAAGUUCAGUGUAUGGGCCUGGAACAUGUGGAACACGUACGACGCGGGCUUCAUCAUCUUCUUCCUGGUGGGGUUGAGCCUGCGCCUGCGCGCCAGCAGCAUGGACGUCGGCCGCGUCAUCUACUGCGUCGACAUCAUCUACUGGUACCUCAGGAUACUCAACAUACUGGGCGUUAAUAAGUACUUAGGUCCUCUAGUCACAAUGAUGGGUAAGAUGGUGAAGAACAUGAUAUACUUCGUGGUGCUAUUGCUGGUGGUGCUGAUGUCUUUCGGGGUGGCGAGGCAGGCCAUCCUCUACCCCGACAAAGAAGCCAGUUGGUAUUUGAUAAGAGAGGUGUUCUUCCAGCCCUACUUCAUGUUGUACGGGGAAGUAUUCGCUCCGGACAUCGACCCCGACUGCGGGCUGGAGGUCAACGACCACAAAUGCGUCACCGGCCGCUGGAUCACCCCAAUCGCGAUGACGAUAUACCUCCUCGUCGCCAAUAUACUGCUCAUAAACCUGCUAAUUGCCGUGUUCAAUAACAUAUUUAACGAAGUCAAUGAAGUCUCGCAUCAGGUGUGGAUGUUCCAACGAUUCACUGUGGUGAUGGAGUACGAACAGAAGCCAGUGCUGCCACCACCGAUCAUCAUCUUUUGCCACAUCUACGCUACAUGCAAGUGGGUGACGAGGAACGUGUCGCACAAACGCUUCCAGUACGACAAUGGACUGAAGCUGUUCUUGGAGAAGGAGGACAUGGAACGGCUGUAUGACUUCGAGGAGGAGUGCGUUGAGGGGUAUUUUAGGGAACAAGAAGUUAAAUUAUCUAAUUCAAUAGAAGAGAGAGUAAGAAACACUACAGACAGGGUAGAACAUAUCACGACCAAAAUGGAGGACUUAAAUCAAAAAGCUAAUUGCCAAAUACAGUCUAUGCAGAGUGUAGAGUUCAGAUUGCGUAAGCUAGAAGACGUAGCGGAACAGACCAUGAACCACCUAGCAGUAAUCCAUCGGUUCAUGGCGACCCACCCUUCGCUGGUGAACCGAGGGUCAACAGACACGUUAGGCCCGCCGCCCCCCACUUUCCAGGCUGGGGGGUCGCGGCUGAGAACUGCCAGCGAUCGGUCUGAGGUGCUGUCAGACAGCGACACCGGCGCCGCGCGUUUCGCCGUGCGCCCCGUGCAAGAGGAGGACGAGCAAGCCUCGCAGCCCUCCGACGACGAGCUGCCUCACUCAGCGCCAGAAGUGGCAGUGGAGAAGGAGCCCGAAGCGGACUCCAUUUCCACGUCAUCAGGCGGCAGCGUGGCGGGGCCUGACGUCACAGUCAUACCGAUUGUGCGCCCCCCUCCCCCUGUCACUCCGGCGAGGCAGAGGUCUUCCGAUAGCAACAGGACAGAGCCCAGCGAUGAGAAGAAAGAUAUAAAGAGGUUACUUUCGUCAGUGCCCUCGACGACGGAUGACGCUUUCCUACCGGAAGUGCGCGAAAUGCCCGCCGACCUUCAAAGCCUGCGUCCGCGCACCACUUCCGCUGGCACGCGCCGGACGGCCAAUACUAGAAGGAGGUCGGAAGGCGGGAACGACUGCGGCAUGGGUGGCCACCACUCUGCCCAACACCUGGCUCCGAGGAGGCAGCACAGCCAGACUCACUCAGAGCCUGAUAACUCCGCGGUCGACGCUGGGUCGGUCCACAACUCAACAACCGGGCGGCAAUCAGGCUGGGAAGCGACGGGCGGUGCGGCGGGAAUUCCGGCGGGCCGCACUCGCGUCGGCAACACGCCGCGCUCGCUGCUGCUUGCAAUGCACGAGUAUACCAGCAUCACGGAUGAACUGGAGACUGUGUAUGGACUGUUCUCGCCGCCGCACACGCCUAGGACUCCCAUCACGUCUCGCCUGCUGUCCCCCGCUCGCGCCACGUCACCCUCAGUCCGUCGACGUCACGCCAGCGAGAUGUCGAACCCGGAGUUCGCACUCUUCAUGGAGAAGGAGCAUCUUAGAGGCGCCGAGGAGGACGACUACAUCAUCAUGCAAAACCUCAUCCAGAGGCGCGUAGACAUGGCGUGUGUGUUGAGCAGAUACGAGGAGGAGUGCGGGGAGGCCGAGGGGGAGGGCGGGGGCAUCAGCAUCAGCGUGUGCGUCAACAGCGAGGAGCCGCACCUGCCGCCGCAGACCACCACGCUGCUGACCGUCAGCGACCGCCGCCUGCCGCACCAGAGACACUCGCUGCGGAGGUCGUCAGCGAUCGACAGCCGCGAGCUGCCGUCGCCGCUGCAACCUUUGCUCGGAGACGACUCGUGCGGAGACGUGCUUCUGCCGGUCCCGAGGCAGCCUUCCGGUGAAACGAACGCGUCCAGCGACCUAUCCCUCUCGCACAUGGUGAGCGAGAACCUCCCGCCGCGGCCCUCCAUCGUGCUGGACUCGUCGCAGCUGCCGCGCCAGCGCUCCGCCGAGCAGCCGCCGCAGCCGCCCACGCCCGGCCGCCCCGAGACCAUGUGCUAGGUAAUUAAGCAUCCAGAAGAACUACGUCUUAUUCCAAAGAAGAACCCUUGUUAAGUCGAUGAUAAAACCAAAUGUUCCGCAGGCGAACACCGCUAAAGUUAAAGUAAUCAUAAUAAACGAAACACCAAAAAUGUUAAUGUUAGACCAUUUUGAGACGAAAACUUUUCCCGUUUGCGUUGAGAAGGCCGUUUUGGAACCCUUUUCUUUGUUACACCUUUCUAAUGUAUCUUGUUACUCUACUGUCAUCCUCAGUGAUCUAGUUAGACUGAAUCGAACGCUAUUCUAAAACUAACCAUAUCGUCUUAGGUCACCAACUGUAAUCGAGGAAGACUUAUAAAUCCCAUUUUGUUUUUCUAUAUCUAUUCAUCUCAAUCUCACGUUAGAACUUCUUUCUUUAAAUAUCUUUAAAAAUAAGCAUGAAAUCGCAACUAAAAACGAAAUGCGAAUUAGUGCCCUCGUACAAAAUUAGACUAAUCAUGAACACAGGAGUCAAAGCGAAAUUAAUGUACGUAAUAUUCGGAAAUUGAGACCACUAGUAAGUGCGUGUGCGACGGCAGUUACUUUCUUAUUUUCCUACGUCUUCCUCAUUAGUCUAAUGUUUCGCUGUAAAUAAGCUCCGUGUCGCUUCUCAUAGAACUUGUUUACUCGGUCCAAAGCGAGUCACUUGUUUGACAUAAUAAUAAGCUAAAUAAUAUACGAUCUGAUUUCUGGACGAUGUUAUAGGAUAGUCGUGUACAGUGUGGCUCGUGGGAGCCGGGGAAGACAAACGACAAUACAAGUAUUAGUGCUCACAUGUAAAUACUGUUGUCAGAGAGUUAUUCAGUGGUUAAUAAAUUGAACUGAAGUUAAUAAUAACCUAGUUUAUAAUAGAUUGUAACUUUCGUCAGAGACAGACGUAUUAAACAGUUAUUUCAGUUUGCAAUAUGAAAUAAUGAAUUGAGCCUGCCGAUCGAGUGAGAUUUUUUUGCUUAAAUUGCUUAUAAUAAUAAAAAACAAAGCAUCGUCGUAAGUCAAAUCACUUAUUGACCCAUAGAUUCGCUGUAGACAUAUCAAAUCAUAUAAUAGGAUAUAAUUUUUAGGAGACAUUUGUGCAAUUGUUUUUAAUUAUCAUUAGCUUAAAUUUUACAUUGUCGACCAAUUUUAAUAAUACAUAUUAAGUCUAUUUAAUUGUCCAUAAACAUGUAAUAUUGAUAUCUGUAAAUAAGCCUUUAAUACCGGUGUUAUACUUUGUUUCGUUUUGAUAAAAUAUACUUUUACAAUAUGGAUUUAAUAACUAUUUGUGUAAUGAUUUGAAAUACAAUAGUUGAGAGUUAUUUGACGUUAUAGUGUUAAUGUAAUGUUAAACAUAGUAUCAGACGUUUCCAUUUCGAUUGCUAUUGUUUAAGUACUUAAAGUUACUCGUAAUUUUCUACCUUAUCUCUACAUAUAAUAAUGGUCAUCACAAUGUGUUCAAGUCAACCAAAUAGGUACUUCGUGCAAGUCUACCAAUUGCAAUCAGUACAAGGAAGCUACAAUGAAAUGUCUCUGUAUAUACUUGUAUAAAUAACAUGGAAUCACUAUUUCGUAGUACGAUUUUAACAUAGUAACUAGUAGAAAAACUGAAAGAACGCAAUAAUGUAUUUUAUGUUUUAGAUUUAUAUCUUUAGGGUUUGGUCAUAUCGUAGAUCAUCAAUGAAAACAGAUUUUAAAGCAAUAUUAUCAUUUUAAAUUCAUAAAAUGUACAAUUUUGAUUAAUACAUAAAAAUUGUAAACAUGAAAAGUAAAAUACAUUUAUUUACAUACGAUAAAUAAAUAGAUACGUACAUAAAAUAUAUCGACGCGGUGAAAUAAGUGCUUACAUACCUACUUAUCUUCUUAUGUAUUUUUAGUCUUAAUAUUUUGACUAUGAUAUGAAUUUUCUUUUUGAAUGAAUUAUUUACUUAUCUAGGCAGUUACUUACAUUUCGAAAUAUUCGAAACAAACUGUACUUACAAGAGUCACAAAAUAAAUAUUUAUUUUACUUCGCCAUUGCCAAGUUUCUCAUACUUCUGCAUGCCCAAAUACUUUGUUCUCACAUCAUUUUCCCAAAUCUAAUUCUUGGAACUACGCUGGCAAAGUAACUACUAAAGUUUAAUGGAACAGAUGUGUAUGUCUGGCUAUAAAUUCUCCACAUUGCAAUAAAAGGCCCUGCUCGGGAGGCUGAAGUGAUAGUACUCAUAUCACCCUCCCUUGAUCCUCCCGUUUCUACAAUAGUUAUACACUAUCUGAUUUAAUUGAAAAUUCUAUUGUAACGUUGACAAAAGGAGAAGAAAAAGUAAAGUAACACACUUUUGUUUUUUUAUAAUGUCAGCGUCAUGUAACAUUUUAUUUCAAUCUACAUUUUCAGUCUUGGAUAGCGUGGUAACAUGCCAUACUGAAUAUGUAUUUGAAUCGAAUAAUACAUUGAAUGUAUUUCUUAUAUUAUUUUAUUCUAUUGGAUUCUUGAAUCUUUAUAUUCUAUUAACUAAACGAUCCAGUUUUCAUAAAAACCUCAGCACGUGUUAAUCGCGUGCUGAUGUCGUUGUUUUAUGGCAAUUUUUAGGCAUCUUCCAUGCAUUGUCUUAGUAAUCGCGCGCACGCUUUCUGUCUGAAAAGGCCUUAAUAUUAUAUUACGUUCACACAUUUUUAUUGACUAGGCACGUGAUGCUUUUCAAAAUCGGAUCAUCACCGUACCAUUGUCGUGCAAAUGUGAACCAUUCAUAAAAGAAACCCAUCACAUCCCUAUUUUUUGUCUCAUUCAUACUUUAAUUGAAACCAAGCUGCUAUUUUACAAUCCUAUCACAAUACGUCAACUUCAGGGCUCGUCCCUAAACUAAAGUUUAAGGAGUUUGUUAUCUAAGUAAAUACAUAAUUUACCCAAAACCAUUGUUAUUUUGAAAGUAUCAAUGAAAUGUUUAUAAAAACGAGCAAAUUCUUAACAAAUUGUUGGAAAUGUUGUAUAAAACUGUAUUUUAUCUCUACUUUCCACGAAGGUGCACCCUAUAGGAUCUUAAUAUUCAUCAUAAUCGAGUUUUGUAAGUGCUAUAACUACAUAACGUUGAAAACGUGAUGCUAUUAUCAUAAAAUGCAUCCAAUGGAUUGUAGAGUCCAAACGACUAAAGUCAAUACUAAUUUAUUAUUGACUGUACCAUUGCAUUAGAUUGAUUCGGUCUAAAAAUUGCUAAACUCCUAAGUUUUGCUUAUCAAGUGAUACGUAAAAAUACUUAAAUAAAGUGGCACUUAGGGGUGAACCUCCGUGGACUGAGAAGACAUUAUUGACAAAUCAUAUUAUAUUAAUUGACAGUGAUAUUGAUCUAUUUAUUAUACUAUAGAUUCUAUAGGAUGAUGUAAAUCUGUAAAUAUCGAGUGUUGUUUUGUAUCGACGAAGUGUUUGGCGCGCGAGCCGCUUAGAGUUGCUACUUCAGCACAAUCUUUGAUAUUUUACUUAAAUCUUGAUCAUCUUAAUCUUUAAGCACAAUAUUUUAAUUAUAUUUAAAACAAAUGGAUUGUCCCUAUUGGGACCUUUGAUUCUAAUUGAUUCAUCUAUUUUCCAGAGUGAUAGUUCUACUUUGUCUGUGUUAUGUAAACAUAU